AUGUAUUUCGCCUUCACUUACCUCCUAUUAGGCCAAUGUGCCAUGCACGGCUUGACUCAGGCGGCGAAUCCCCGGAGCUACGAUGUCGAGUCUUCGAACUCCCUUAAAAAGAGAAUUGGUGAAUCCGACAGGAUUGCGGCGGACCUGCGGGAAAUACUGGAUGACAGCGGCGAUGAUUCCCUUGACACCGGCAGUGGUCCCAAGGAAUGUCCAAAGAUGGCCAUGUUCGCUGCCCGUGGUACCCUGGACCCGGUAAACAUGGGAGACAUGGUGAUGAACCAUUUCCGAGACGCCGUCAUGGGGUUGUAUGGCAACGACAAGAAGAAGAUGAAGGUUCAAGGUGUCGAUAACUUCGAUGGACACGUGUACGGAGCCGACAUGGAGCAUGAAUACCUGCAACAAGGCGGAUCCAACGAUGGCGCGCUGGCCAUGGCGGGUAUGACGGAUAAAGUCGCCACGAAUUGCAAGAAUACCAAAUUCAUCUGGUGGGGAUGGAGCCAAGGCGCGCUGGUUGCUCGAAAGGCCUUCAGACACGUUAGCAAAGACACGGCGGACAGGAUCGUCGUUUUCGGCACCUUCGGAGACCCGGUAAUCACCUGGAACGACGUCAAGGAGGUUUCGUUUCCAGCAGUCCCCGAGCACGUCAAGCAGUUGCACUACUGCCUCGACGGCGACGCCCUCUGCAAGCCUGGCAUGAAUGAAGUAUUCGGGGGGUUCACCCUAAACCCAGUAGAGUUCGCUUUUAACUGGCAAGGAGCAGUCGACAACCAACUGGAGACUGGGACGGACGGGCUGAGCGACACUGAUGUUGCUGAUUUGAAGAAGGUGGCUCAGGAAGCCGUCACGCAAGGGAUGAAACACCUCCCCCAGAUAACAGCGGAAGCUGUUAAGCUUCUUGUUGGGAACACCAAAUUUUGGCGAUGGAUGCUCCUUCCCGUGCAUUUCUACUACCAUGUGCGUCGUGUCACUGACUGUGCAGCCACGAACCUGAAAGAGCAACUAGAAGGGAAGGGCUUGUCUGAUUGCAAAAUUCCCGGCUUGACUGUAACUUAG